GACUCCUGAUCACCUUGAAUUCCCUAAGCUUCUUUCACAAAUAAGCAACUGCAGCUAACACUUCUUUUUGUAUCAUAUCAUUCAACUAAAGUGCGAAACCUAAAAUCAAGAAACCUUUCAUCAACUUAAUUCAUCAUGGAGCCUAAUCACACGAAAUCUACCAUCAAUACGCCCUAUGUCGACCCCGGACUUCUCAUGAUCAUUGAUUAUCAAAUAGAAGCCGAAAGACCCGAAGAGUGGUACAGAGAUUAUAGAAUGCGCGAAGAGCACAUAGAUAGUAUGAAUAUACCUAUCACUAGCUCUGAGGCACGAACCGUGGCUACAAUCGAGGGAUCAGAAGGCGAGACAAUGCCCUUGGAGACACUGUCGUAUAUGCAAGAAAUGCCAGAGGUUAUUCCAGAAACUCGAGCAGAAACUAAAAAGAGGAGACGCCAGGAAUUUCUUGAUAAUUAUGAUGCGGAAUCAUACGAGCUGGUCGCGGAUAACCUUCUUGAGAGUCAGAUUAGACAUUAUGCGGUGUUGCGGCGAUGUGGAAUGGCUCCUGCGCAAGCAAAAGCAGAUACACAUAAUAAGAUGGAUACCUGGAGUGAAAAGAUUGAAAGUAGCGAAGAAUCAGACCCUACGCCAAGAUAUGGAGAUUUUAUUUCCAAUCUACACAUUUCACAAUCCUCGAUUAAGAGCAAAAUUCUCAAAUUGACCCAUGGUGAUAACAACAUGAGUGCAAUUGGAAAGAGUGGGCCUGGCGUCACAAAGAAAGGUCACGUUGCCAAGAAACGCGCAAUCAUUAACAAAAAGGAUACGUUCGAGUUGAUGUUCAAGGGAAUGGAGCAUAGUUCCAGAACUUAGUUUGAGAAAGGCAUGCAUUGAGGGGGUUAUAGUGGGGGUUCUUGCGAGGUCGAAAGUAAGAGUUAGGGCCUCA